UACCCACAAUCCCCCACGUUUUGACAGUUCUCCAUGGUAAAGACUUUUCAGCAAAUGUUGUUUUCCGAUUUUAAUUCUUACGCGUCGCUUUGAGCCCCUUUUCGCCCUCACCGUCAUCAGCGCCCCCCGCAAAGCCCCCUUCUUCGCUCCCGGCCGCCGCCGUCCCCGUCAUGUAGCCCCCGCCCCCAAAACACCUCUUCUAAUUUCUCUAGAUCGCUAAUACACAAAAAUGGCCGCAAUCGACCCUUCCCGAUACAGCGACUUGUGCAGACUGUGCGCCGCCACCACCACCAUGAUCCUCGCCGUCCACAUCUUCCAGAACGACGGCAUCAUCGGCCAGCUGCGCAAAAAAAUCGAGUCCUGCCUCUCCAUCCAGGUGCACGAAAGCGACGACCUCCCGAAGAUGGUCUGCGAGAGCUGCCUCUACAAGCUCAACCUGCUGUCGGAGUUCCGCGAGAAGAGCAUCCUCACGGAGAAGAUCCUGCUCGACUUGCUCAAGGACAUGAACACAGGAAAGCAACAAAUGGACGUGGUGGCGAUGGACCACGACCUCAUGAUGGCGCAGAACCAGCAGCUGCUGGUCAAUCACGGCAUGGGCGUGGACGAGAUCGACCUGGGGCAGCUGGGGCCGCGCGAGCAGCUCAUCGUCGGGCACGAAAUCAUCUUAACGCACCAGAGCGUGGACAUGAACGGGCACGCGCUGGACAACAUCGAUCUGAACCACCACGAGUUGAACCAGGAGAUCUCGAAUCACAGCCUGCCAGCGCAGGACGCCAUCCUGGUGGAGAGUGAGAGCGCGAGGUUUGGCAGCGAUAAUUUGGAUUUAAUUCCGCACCAGCAGCUGCUGAGCGAGCAGUUCCGGCUGCAGCACGAGCUGCACGUGAACAUGGGGGACGAGAACGCGGUGGACGAGAUCGCGAUGGCGGGGGGGUUGGACGGAUCUGUGGUGCACUCAAAGAUGGAUGAAAGUAUUCAGCACAACAACAGCUACCACCUUCACGACGAGAAAGAGUACCACCACAGAUCCACCCGCAUCGUCAACGGUCACAUCAGCGACAUGAUUAAACUCGAAUCUCCGAAGCUCGAAGACAGCAAUAGCAACAAUUCGCUUUUAAUUGAUGAGCAGCUGAGUCGCGUCGACUCCAACACGCACACUUACGUCACGGAGAACAACGUGUGCGGUGACCUCUACAAAGAAGAGGGGAACUUUGAGGUGCGCUACGAACCGAGAUUCCACAAAUGCGAGGUUUGUUUUGCCGUGUUUCCGAACGACGAGGUGUUGAACGUCCAUAGGAAGGAGGCUCACGGGAGUACAGAGGAAGUGAAGCCGAUUAAGACGAGACUGAAGCGGGCUACGUUGCCCAUAAAGAGUAAAAACGAGAACGGGGAGAGCAACAGCGACGAUAGCGGCGGGGAUUUCGCGGAAGAGCACGAACAGACUGAAGAGGAGGAAAACGAAGAGAGUGUGGCGCCGGCGGAGACCGAGAAAAGCACGAGUAAGAAGAAAAUCUGGUCGCCGAAAGUGUGCAAGGAGUGCGGGAAAGUGUACAAAACGAAUUAUAAGUUGAAUGAACACAUGAGGAAGCACACUGGGGAGAAGCCGUACAAGUGUAAUAAUUGCGAGAAGGAGUUUCGGUCGAAGAUCGGGUUGGCGCAGCAUGCGGCGAAACACACUGGUAAAUACGACUACGCGUGUCCCAUUUGUGGGAAAGGUUUUCAAUGUAAGAGCUACUUGAUGGUGCACCAGAGGGUCCACUCGGACGAAAAACCGUACCCGUGUUUGACGUGCGGGCGUAAUUUUAAAACAAAGCAGUCGCUUCUAGACCACACUAAUAGACACUUAGGGGUAAAACCGUACACUUGCGAGAUUUGCGGACGCGGCUUCAUCACUAAAGGCUUAUGCAAAGCACAUCAGAAAGUCCACACGGGUCUCGACAACCGGAAGUAUUCUUGUAAAGUUUGCAACAAAAUGUUCGUCUCUAAAAGCUACCUUCAAACCCACUUGCGAAUCCACACCGGCGAAAAACCCUUCAUUUGUGAGGUGUGCGGGAAAGGCUUCCUCACCAAAGUAGAUUUAAGAAUCCACACCACGAUGCACACGGGUGAAAAAUCGUACGUUUGCGAGAUGUGCGGCAAAGCUUUCGCUAGAAGAGACGCCUUGCGGUGUCACAGGAGGUCGCACACUGGAGAAAGACCCUACAGCUGCGACCUCUGCGGGCAAACGUUCACCCAAUUCACGCCCAUGGCAAUACACAAACGUCUCCACACCGGCGAACGGCCAUACGCUUGCGAGAGUUGCGGAAAAACUUUUGUAUCCAGAUCCACGAUGAUGUCUCACGCCAAAAAACAUAGGUAGAAGCAUCAAUCUCAACCGUAAAAAAGACUGUCGAUAUUUAUUAUGUUGCUGUAUUUUCAUUUACAAUUUUAUAUACUUUUUCUUUUAUUCCGAAAAUACAUUUGCAUUUUAUU